UCGUUCAAAAACAAACCAAUCUUCCUUCUUCUUAUUUGGCUUUUGAACAAAACAAGAAAAUAAAACAAACCACAACCAUCAAUUUCAAUUUUCUUUCUCCAUUUCACAAAACGUCGAGCUUUAAGCCUAGACCCUUCGUCAACCCUUUUCUCUCCCACCUCAGAUUUUUUUUUUCUCCUUUCUUACUAAUUUUGAAUUUUAAAAAUUUAAUUUUCCAUCCCCCAUUUCUUGUCGGAAUACAGCUUUUCGUGUAAUAACCUCCGACACAAACCCACUCGAAACGGCUUUUACCUAGCUUCUUGUCUUAUCAUACCAGAUUACCAAAAAUAAAAAUUAAACUUUUUUUUUUUUUUUUGGUUUCUUGGUUUGUUGUCUCUGUCUCUCUGUUUUGAGAAUUGAGUGGUCGGAGAGAGAAAACAAAUUAGGUGGAAUACGGUAACGUGCGCUAGGGGUGCGUAGUUUAAUUUUGGAAUUUUUCUUUUCAAAAUCGAGAAGCGCGUAAGGGACACGCGUGAUUGAAUUUUUUUUCUUUUCUUUAUGGUUAUGAUGAUGAUGAUGACGACGACGAUGAUGGAGAGUGAUUGGGGAACAUGGGAGGAGCUUCUUCUCGGCGGUGCCGUUCUACGUCAUGGAACCGGUGAUUGGACCGUUGUCGCCGACGAGCUCCAUUCUCAUUCUCUUCCUGAGAUUUUCACACCUGAGAUAUGCAAGGCUAAGUACAAGGACUUGCGGAAACGUUAUUUGGGAUGCAAAGCUUGGUUUGAAGAGCUUAAGAAGAAACGAGUAGCUGAGCUAAAGGCAGCUUUACUUAAAUCCGAAGACUCCAUUGGGUCUUUGGAAUCAAAGCUUCAGAGUUUGAAGUCAGAAAGUAACGAUGAAUGUCAACAAAACAAUUAUGAUUCUAGCCGAACGUUAUCACUCGAACCCUCCCCAAAGUCCGAGGGUGGAGGAGAAUGCACGAGCAAAGAUACAUCCAAAGACUUGUCAUCAGUUGGUAGCUUCACACAGCAAGAACUGAUCACAACAAAUUGGUCACCGGAAGCCAAGUCAGAAGCACCAGUAGUAGUAGUAGCAGUAGAGCAAGAGCAGACGGAAAACAUAUUACACAGCGACAUUUUCGAGUCAGUGUAUGGAGGAGGACAAGUGCUUCCGAGUAUGAGGAAGAAACGAGGCAAGAGAAAACGAAAAGAUUGCAGCGUUGGUAAAGAAGUGACAGAAGUUAGCGCUGUAGAAGAAAGCGAUUUGUUGGAUACUUCUGCUGAUAUUGCUAGCGUUUCUAGGUGUAAAGAAGCUGCUUCUACUAGCAACAACAGUCAAAGCCGAGGUCAUGGUUUGGCUUUACCAAAGGAUCUUAUGAAGAUAUACAACACUAUUGCACAGAACGAAUGUGCACUCGUCUUCCGUAGACGGCUUGAUAGCCAGAAAAGGGGAAGAUACAAGAAACUGGUGCAGAGGCAUAUGGAUUUAGACACAAUACAAUCAAGGAUCAAUGGUUGUUCAAUAUCUUCAGCGAAAGAGCUCUUUAGAGACUUUCUUUUUGUAGCGAAUAACGCAGCCAUAUUUUACUCUAAGAACACUCGUGAAUACAAAUCCGCGGUGUGCCUUAGAGACAUUGUUACCAAGUCUCUGAGACACUAUUUGACAGAAGAUCAUCUUCCUCAUCGUAGCAGCAUUACUACAACAAGCACAACAAAGGUUCCGGUUCUUCCUCAGAAACCUACAUCUCCUGUGGUCCGAAUGAGCCAAGCAGCUAAAAAACCAAGAACCGGGGCGCACCCUCUUAAGACUGUUGUGAAAGAUAUGGCAAAGACUACAAGCAGGGGUAAGAAAAGGUCUGUUACGGAUAUACCAGUUUCUGCUGUGAAAUCGUCAGCAGCUGGUAAGAAGGGAACGGCUGUAGAGAGAAGAAAGGACGGUAGACAAGCAAAUCGAGGACUUGAUUCUCCUGCAUUGAUGGGGAGAAAGCGGAACCGGGUUAGAUGAUUUUAGUGAAGGGUUUGUUUGAUUGAUAUUUUGUUUGUAGUUAGGCAGAGAAAGCUUAUUUGAUGUUAGAAGUUCAUAUUUGUGUCAAUAUGAUCUGCAGGCGUAGACAGUGAUGAAUCAUGGUCAUUGGUAAAACUAAUUGUUAUAAAAAAAAUGUACAUUAAUCUUA